UAGGGCACGUCAAGUUAUAAAGAUAAACCUCGCAUCAACCUUCAUCAUGAUGCAUAUACAUACAUAUAUAUACACACACAUGCCGACCUUCUUUGUCCAUAUGUUCAUGGUGUAACCCCACUCUCCUUUCUCCAUGAUUUACUAAUUGAUUACUGAAUUCUGGACCCAUUUGCUGCAAAUUACAAGAAACUUUUGUCUUUUAGGGUUCAACUUCUAUAGUCAAAAGUCUUUCUUGUUUGUUAUAUAUAUGGAGAAAGAUGAUAACAACUACUCGGGAGGCUUUCUUGGGGUUGACUUUAAUGGUGAUUAUGAACAUGAACAUGAACAUCACCAUGAUAGUGACCACCUUCAUCAGCUUCAGCAGCAGCAUCAGCAGCAGUUCAUGUUGAAAAACACAUAUGAGAAUGGAAACCAAAUGGUGGAUUACUUGCUCAACAAUCCAUUACAGCACCUACCAAAUUCGGGUGGUUUUGGUAGCUCGAAUUCGUUAGACAAGUUGAGCUUUGCAGAUGUGAUGCAGUUUGCAGAUCUUGGACCAAAGUUGGCUUUGAAUCAAAACAAAGCAUCCCAUGAUCAAGAUCAAGAUCAAGAAACCAGGAUAGAUCCGGUUUACUUCUUAAAGUUCCCGGUUUUGAACGAAAGGGUGCAAGAAGAUCAUCAAUCGCUAUUAGCUCCGCUUGGAGAUGACGAAGAGCAUCAGAUUGUGAUUGAAGGAGGUGAAAGAGAGGAAGAGGCUAGGGUUUCGGAAGGAGGCCCGGAUCGACUUCAAUAUAUGAGUGAAGAUGUUCAUAAAACCCUAGUUGGGGAAGGGAAGAACAAGAGAAAAAGACCAAGAACUGUAAAGACUAGUGAAGAAGUUGAGAGCCAACGAAUGACUCAUAUCGCCGUUGAAAGAAACCGAAGAAAGCAGAUGAACGAACAUUUACGGGUUCUACGGUCUCUCAUGCCCGGCUCUUAUGUUCAACGGGGUGAUCAAGCAUCAAUUAUCGGUGGGGCAAUCGAGUUCGUGAGGGAGUUAGAGCAACUCCUGCAAUGUCUCGAGUCGCAAAAAAGGCGAAGACUAUAUGGUGAGACUCCAAGGGUGGUUGGAGAUUCAUCUGCUCUACCAGUCAUGCCACAAGCCAACCAAAGCCCGCCGGUAGCAAUGUUUUACCCACAACCGCCUGAUGAUCAGAUGAAGCUGGUGGAAUACGACGAUGGUCUGAAGGAGGAGACUGCGGAGAGCAAGUCGUGUUUGGCUGAUGUUGAAGUGAGAUUAUUAGGGUUUGAUGCAAUGAUCAAGAUUUUGUGUAGGAGAAGACCUGGCCAGCUUAUUAAAAUCAUUGCUGCACUUGAAGACUUACAGUUCAAUAUCCUGCAUACCAACAUCACCACCAUUGAACAAACUGUGCUCUAUUCAUUCAAUGUUAAGGUUGCUAGUGAAGCCAGGUUUUCAGCCGAAGAAAUCGCGAAUUCUGUACAACAAAUCAUAAGUUUUGUGCAUGCAAAUACAAGUACUUGAUGCAGAAACUUUCAUGGUCAUCAGUAUCAGCUAUUCUGAUAACUAUGUACGUCGGGAUGGCAUAUUUCUAAGGCGUUUUUUUCUUAUGUUUCAGAUUAUUUAGUGGCAAUAAUAUUUAAUGUACGAGGUCUCUACAUCACAUAUUAAAGCAUAGGGUAUACUAUUAUUGUAAGGAUAUAUACUCCAAACUCUAUCUUGGAAUAUAAUCUUAUAUUGAAAUAUAUAUGAAGUAUCUUAGUGAA